UGUAGCUGUCUGAGCUGCUCUCCUCUCUUGGCUCAUUAACGAGCUGGUGCAGACUUAGAACCGCCCAGCAACCAAUAGCUGCUCAGGAGAAGAGAAUAUGGUUAUGGAAGGGGGGGGGAGAUGCAGACUUGUGUUUACACCGACCCCCCCAGACUGAAGUGGGGAGACAGGCAGUGAGGCAGCGUCUGGGACACAGCAAAGGAUGAGAGAGAGAGAGCAGAGCAGAGCUAUAGACAAAGGAAGGGAAGAGGAGAAGAAACACUGAAAACUCCUGGGCACUGAUUGGGACUUAUGACCUUCUCCUGCUGUGCCAGCUUCCAGUGCCAGAAUUCCGCUACCCUGCUUCCUGUCUGCAGGUAUUUUCUCUGCUAACCCCUUCAUAGCCUCCUGACUCUGCUCUGCAUCCUGUAUUGCCCUCUGCAGCAUCCUUCCACCUCUGUGCCCUCCACACCACCCACGUGCCCAAUCCUGCCUUCCAGACAGUCUAGUGAUGCCACUGUGCAGCACUUUCUCCUAGGAAAACUCAGCAUGGUUCAACAUAAAUCUGUUGGGGGCAACCCAAAGAGUCAAGAUGCCGCCCCUGGGGGCCCUAGCUGGUGCAAGACCCCCAGCGGGCAUAUCAAGCGUCCGAUGAAUGCCUUCAUGGUGUGGUCUCAGAUCGAGAGGAGAAAGCUGAUGUCUCUGUGCCCCAACAUGCACAACGCCGACAUCUCUCGCAGCCUCGGCCAGCGGUGGAAGUUACUGGAGGACACAGAUAAGAUCCCUUACGUCCGAGAAGCCGAGCGCUUACGCCUCAAGCACAUGGCCGACUACCCCAACUACAAAUACCGGCCGCGCCGGCGCACACGGGAUCCGGCGGUCAGGACGCGCGCCAGGCUGCCCCGGACCACAUCAAGGUGCCAACCUGCUUCUUCUCCGUGCCAGUCGGAAGUGAAUCUGGGAUCCAGAAUGCACUGGGGGGAGGAAAGCUCUGGAUGGGGGGGGCACAAAGUCGGCCAAUCAGAGGAGACGCCGAAUCAGGAGUCGUCAGAACGCAGCCCGGAGGUGCCCCCCUACUCUCCUGCCCAGCCCCCCCAUGCCCGCUCCCUGCCAUCUUCACCAGAGCCAGUGGAGGAAGAUGAGGCACCGGACGAAAGUCUGCCCGGCCUUUGCUCUGGGUCGCUCUACGUCCCAUCGGACAGGGACCUCCUGCCCAGCAGCGGGUCUCACUUCGAGUUUCCUGAUCACUGCACUCCGGAGGUGGUGGAGAUGAUCUCCGAUAGCGGUCUUUUCGGAAGUGUCUCUGACCUGGUGUUCUCCUUCUAGACCGUUUUGAGAGGACCCGGCAGCAGGCAACACCUUGUUGAACUGUAUACAGACUUUUUUUUUUUUUCUGAGCAACAAGAAAAAAAAGGUGAUUCGCAUGGAACGUUCUGUCGCUCUCUCCGCAGUCUCUCAGCACUAUCCGUCUUAACCGUCUCUCUCCGAACAUUCAUACUUCAGUUUCUCAGGGUGCUCUCUGCUGUCUGCCUAAGCUUCUGACUCUCCAAGCUAUAUCUGACGUUGCCAUCUGAUUUCCUGGCUGUCUCUUUUUAAGCACUCUCAUGCUGUCUCUCUCUCUCUCAGUGCAACUCUCUAGCUGCCCCUCAGAACGAGCUGUCACUGUGGUGGGGAGCGCUCUCUGUUGUGCUGACCUCCUCUCCGCCUAAUACUAAUACAGACAGACAGACAGACUUACUGCGCACACUUCUGUUAGUUCUAUGCAUGCAUCAGUGUCUGUCUGUCCGUCUCGCUGUCUCUGAUUCUGGGAGUCCAGCCCGGUGCAGACCCCUCCGAUCCGAGUCGAGGGGGGGGUCACCCCCAGCCAGGUAAGGACAUGCAUACCUCUGUAUAUGUAUGUUCGUGUGUAUGUGGGCCUUUAUUGGCUGAAAUCUCUCUGUCUAUGUGUACGUCUGUCUAUCUGUCUGUCCGUCUAUCUAUAUAUCUAUCUGACUGUCU